AUGGCGCAGAGGAGGAGACCAAGAGCCAAGGUGUCUGACCUCCCCACCACAUCCCACAUUGACACACUGCUAGACAAGGAAGAUGUGACGCUGACAGAGGUGAUGGAUGAGGAUGACGUCCUGCAGCAGUGCAAGGCCCAGAACCACAAAUUGGUGGACUUCCUGCUGAGACCACAGUGCAUGGAGGAUCUGGUCACCUACAUCACACAGGAACCCAACGCUGAAGUUGAAGAGACGGUUAAAUACAAGUAUCCUAACAUAUCAUGUAAGCUGCUUACGUCAGAUGUUGGCCAGAUAAAUGACAGACUUGGAAAUGAUGAAGAACUGCUCAUGAAACUUUACGGCUUCCUCCAAAAUGAGCCACCUCUCAACCCGCUCCUCGCAAGCUUCUUCUCCAAGGUCCUGUCCAUACUCAUUGAACGUAAGCCUGAACAGAUCGUAGAUUUUCUGCAAAAGCAGAAAGAAUUUGUUGCCCUGAUGAUCAAACACAUCGGGACAUCAGCCAUCAUGGACCUACUUACAAUGCUCACCGACAUUAAACCACAACAGCUCCGACAGGAUGUUCUCAACUGGCUAAAUGAGGAGAAGGUGAUCCAGAGAUUGGUGGACAUGGUACAGCCUUCUCAAGAUAAGGAUAGACACUCCAAUGCCUCCCAGUCACUGUGUGAGAUCAUCAGACUGAGCAGACAUCAGAUGUUACAGGUUCAGGGUUGCACAGAGCCUGACCCACUUCUGGUCACACUUGAAAAACGGGAGACGGUGGAGCAGCUGUUGUCUAAUAUCUUUGACGAGGAGAAGAAUGAAUCUGUAAUCGUCAGUGUUAUCCAGAUCCUCCUCAGACUGUUUGAAACCAGGAGACCAGCCAAGAUACCCAAGGACAUGUUUUUCAAAUACAUCUGGAACAACUCCCUCCACAGUCAGGUUGAAAUGUGUACAGCUAUGAUUCUCGCUAUGCCCCCCGCCCCCAGUGACAUCCAGCCAGAUACUGAGCAGGAACCUGCAAGGGAGAGCAUCCUCAUCACACAUCUGCUUCAAAACUGCCAGUUUAUUCAGAGAAUCCUAGACGCCUGGGGCUCCAAUGAGGAAGAACAGGCGGCAGGUGGUCCGCGACAUGGCUACAUGGGUCACCUGACUAGAAUAGCCAACUCUAUAGUUCAUAACUCUGACAAAGGCCCUAAUGGCCCGCAGAUACAACAGCUCAUCUCAGAGCUCCCAGUAGAGGACAGAGAGAAAUGGGAGGCCUUUAUUUCUGGGCAGCUGGCUGACACAAACAAGAGAAACCUGGUUGAUCAUGUGAAUUUUCAUCAUGUUGGUUCAAUGCCCCAGGGGUCAGUCUUGGGUCCCCUGCUUUUCAUCAUUAACCUCAUCCCCCUGGGCACACUCCUCCGUCACCAUGGGGUCCAUUUUCACUGCUACGCCGAUGACACACAGGUCUACAUCUCCUCCAAACCGACCGCCAUCCCUCCUACCUCCCUCAUCACCUGCCUCGACGACAUCCGGAGCUGGAUGAGCAGGAACUUCCUAAAGCUAAACGGAAACAAAACUGAGGCCCUGCUCAUCGGCUCCAAAUCCACCAUCACCAAAUCCCAACACACCCCUGCUCCACCCAUCAUCAUCGACGGAUUCCCUACUUCGCCCAUCACUGACCCAGUCAGCACCGAAAUCCUGGUCCACUCAUUUGUCACAUCCCGCAUCGACUACUGCAAUGCCCUCCUCACCGGACUCCCCACCAAACUCAUCAACAGACUGCAAAUCAUUCAGAACUCGGCCGCCCGGAUCAUCACCUGUACCAAAUCAUCGGAUCACAUCACCCCUGUACUCAUCCAACUUCACUGGCUCCCUGUACAACACCGCAUCAACUACAAAAACCUUCUCCUCACCUGCAAAGCUCUCCACAACCUAGCCACCACUUACCUCUACGACCUCCUUCAGGAAUACACACCCUCCCGCACCCUCCGCUCAUCCUCUUCAGGACUACUAACCAUCCCCACGUCACGCCUCAGUAGCAUGGGUGCCCGAGCCUUCAGCUGCUCAGCACCCAGGCUCUGGAACUCCCUCCCCCCACACAUAAGACAAUCAGACUCCAUCACAUCAUUCAAAUCCCAACUCAAAACUCACCUGUUCAAACUGGCAUACUCUCUAUAA